CUUCAAGAAAAGCAACAAUUAACAAUUGUAUAACAAACUUUAAACUUUAACAAAAUGUUCAAAUUCAUCGCUGUCUGCUUCUUCGCUUUGUUGGCUGUUGCCGCCGCUAAACCCGGUUUGGUAGCUCCUUUGGCUUACUCUGCUCCCUUGACUUAUGCUGCUGCUCCUGCUGUUGUUGGUCAUGCUUCUUAUGUAGCUCCUUUUGCCUCCACCUACAAUGCUCACCAUGUUGCUCACUCUGCUGCCUUCCCUGCCGCUUAUGCCGCUGCACCAGUUGUAGCUGCUUCUCCCUAUGCCGCCGCUCCCUUUGUAGGUGCUGCUUAUGCUGCUCCUCUUGCCACUCCCUUCGCCGCCCCUGUUUUGUUGAAGAAGUAGAUCAGUGAAGUGUUUUUGAAUAAAUAAAUAUGUGAUAAAUUGAAAA